CUAAAUUGUUUUGCUGGUCAGUGAGUAACCCUCCCUGUGCGUGUCUCCCCCAAUCUUACCAAUCCCCGUUCUCUCGUUCCCUUCCUUAUGGCCGCCUCGUCGACGUCCUUGUCUUCUUUGUCUUCCUCCACCUCUAGCGAUUCCUCUUCUCACCGCCGUAGGCGCCGUCAACGCAGUCGCCGGGACCGGGAUAAAGAAUCCCUAAAGGUCCGAAAGAAGAGUAAAUCCCACUCCAAGCGACGUCGCAGGCACCACCGCUCUUCUGAUUCAUAUUCUUCAUCUUCCAUGUCCGACGACUCCAGUGAGAGUUCGUCUGACAGCGAGCAUGAUUCGUCUUAUCAUUCAAAAAGGCACAGAAGGGAGGACAGACCAAAGAAGAAUAAGGAAAAAGAUCGCAGUAAAAGCCGUAGGCAUAAACGGAAGAAGCAUAGAGUGAAAGAGAAGCAGCAAGAUGAGAGAUGCAGCAGUCCUGUGCAGCUUUCCAAGUUUCUGGGGCGCGAUAAAGAUGAUGGGGUCCGGCGCAGUGCCGUAUCUGGCAAGAAGAUUCUUCUGAAGCUUGAAAAAACAAAGGAAGAUAAGUUGGCGGAAAGCAAGAGAAAUGAACUGCUCAAUUUCUUAAAUGCUAGUUUUGAUUAGCAUCGAGAGCUGAGGAUUUUGUUUGGGGUUGGAUAAAGCCAGUGAGGAACCAAGUUUACUUGGGUGCGUAAAUUCUUUUAGUUUUCAAUUACAAAACAAAAAUUACCUUGGUAUGACAUUGUAAUUUUUCGUCGCUUUUUUAACUUCGAUGGCUGGUCUAAGUGGCUCGGGCUAAAGGAAAAGUGGAAAAUGACAAGCUUGGUUCCUGUGUUGUAUUAAGUUGUGGUUUUGAUUGAAAGACCGAUUUUCGAUUUGUGAAGAAUGUUUGUGGUCCUUUAGAUUGUCGAUAAGUUCUUGUUUGGACCGGGA